AUGAAGACGCCUACCAGUCGUGAGACGGGGCGCGAUCCGGUGGGGGCCACGCCGUGCGAGCCGCGCUUACGCGUGGUUCUUCUCACUGCCCUCGCGGUCGCUUCAAUCGGCGCAUUCGCCGUCCUCAGGGUUCAAGACGCAAAGGCAAUUCAGCACGAUGAUCUCGCGCCCAACCGUGAGAAGUCAGCAGGAACCUACUACACCAAGGACCACGAGUGGGUGAAGGUGGAGGGCGAUAUCGGCACGAUCGGCAUCACCAACUUCGCGCAGGAGGCGCUCGGUGAUAUCGUCUACGUCGAAUUGCCCGAGACAGGCGUUGAGUUCGGCAAGGGCGCGAGUAUUUGCGCCGUCGAGUCGGUCAAGGCAGCCUCGGACGUCUACUCGCCCGUUACGGGCGAGGUGACUGAGAUCAAUGAGGCGGUCGACAAUGAUUCGGCAGUCGUCAAUGGGUUGGGGCGAGUAGAUGGUAUGGGUUGGGGCGAGUAG